AUGACGCAGGAGCACCACACGCCAGACGAGUCCUGGGAGAUUACGUCGGAUGUAGACCGCCCUCCAUGGGGGGGCUCUUUUCAAGGCCCUGCCAAAGUGUCAGAUAAUAAUUUUAGGCAGUCGAUGUCGUCUUUAUCAGGGUCUGCUGAAAGUCUGUGCUCCUCGCUGUGCCGAAAUAUCGAACGACCCUCAAAAUUACUUUCACAGAAACAGAGCCCCGCAUUCGCGGCCAGGCAGCCACUAGAAAGCCAGUCGGUGGCGCCUUGGGCAGCUAUCCCCAAGGAUCGAUAUGUUUCAGAAGAAUCAACUACCCCAGAGGCUGCGGCGAUUGUAGAUGCUGUGGGGAUCACGCCUUCAAAAGCUCCUGCCGUCUGCUCACUGCCCGCAGAAGCCGCCAAUGGACCUACGGUGGCCCCUCCAGGGAUUCCUGGCCCUGAUUCAGCAACAAAACAUCUGCACCUAGCAAACCAAGCACAUAGUAAAAAUAUAAGACCGACUGAUUUAUUUGGGGAAGAGCCAACACGGUGCCACCUUGCCCACUUUUCGCCCUCUAGGCUUCGAAGGGCCCGGAAUGACUGUAGGACGCCCCGGGCCAGCCAUGGGCUUCAACAUUGGCAAAACAAUGGGGAGCAAAAGCAGCAGAAUGACGGUAAAGGGGAAACGAGGCUGGCACGUAGAGUCCCUCCGUGGACGCGGCCCUUCUUGAGCUCUGGGAGGCUGCGCUCAAAUUCGCCGGAGCGCCAUCAAACCCCACCACUAGCGCUAUGUCCCCUCAUAAAGCCCAUUGCUGCACAGAGUAUGAGCAUAAGCCGCAGAGCAAGCACUUCCGACAUGCUUUCUUAUAGGCAGCAUGCUUCAAAGGCUGGCCUGCAGAGAGAGGCUUCCUGGUCUCAUCCAGUGCACCACCCUCGGCUACUCCGGCUUAUCACUGCCGACAGGGAACGCAGAGGAUUUGUGGAGGCACGAGAAGCCUUAGAAAAACUUCAGGUUUGCUGGAGCAUGCCGACGACACAAGGCUUCUCUGCAUGUGCUGCUGGGGCCAGUCGAGCAGCAGCUGCUGCUGCAGAAGACGUCACAUCAGCGCUAAAAGCAAGAUGGAUGCACUGUCCAGUAGCUUCGUCGGUAAAAGAGAUCUCAGAGAACAAAAUAUCGGGGGUUAAUAGUAUGAGUGCAACACGAGCCGACUCCUCCCGAGGGAUCAGCGAUAUUUCCACGUCUCAUCAGGGGAGUAUUUCAUGUCCUCAUGCUCCUCAAGAAAGCAGCAGUCCUCCAGCAAGUGUUUCGACGGUGCACUGUGGGCGCUACGGUAAACGAGUACCCAUGCAGUGCUCCUCUCAGUACGAUAAUACACCAGCCGCCAUGUCAGCUUUGAACGAUGCUCCUACAGACGCUGCACUGACGUCUUUAAGCGCCUCUGCAGCAUCUGCAGCUCCCGCUGUUGCUACUGUGGGAUUAGAGAACCUAGCAGCAUUGAACACAGCAAACGUGGAGUUGCAGGCACUGUAUGCGAAAACAGCAGCGCUCAAAACAAAAGGGGAUCUAGCGAGGGUGGAGGUGCGAGAAACAGCAGGAGCAUUAGGAGAUGCGGAAAGGGAAACAGGAACUGAGGCAGCAGCCACUCUGCUCGAGUGGCAGAGUUACCAUAGUACUAGUGCAUGGCACUCAAAAAGAGGCUUUGGCAAAGAGCCCCUUUUUAUUUGCCAUGACCCCGAGCCACCUGCAGGAGACAAAAAUAGUAGUAGCACCAAGUGUGAGACGCCCAUUCGCCUGCCUCGCAAGGUCUGGAGGAUUUUCAAGACUCCACGGAUUUUGAGACUCAAGGUUGUUACCUUUGGGCCCCCUAAAAGUGGUAAAAGCUGCUUGGUUAGGCGUUUUUGUGAGCGGCGUUUUGUUGGAGUCUCUCCAGGAGCCCACGAGCAGCUGUGGGGGACCUUAGCGAAUCAAACCAUCGGCUCUGACUUUGGCUUGAAGGAUGUGGAGCUUGCAUCUGGAGAGACAGUCCGAUUGCACUUCGUGGAUCUCUCAGGGGCUCCCGUGUAUGCAGAGGCGGGAGAAGGGGCCUUCCUAGGCGCGGAUGUAAUGAUGUGCGUCUUUGACUCGGAGAACCCCCACUCUCUGAAAGAGGCCCUCGUGCAGCUGCAGCAAGCAAAAUCCUUAGCUGCUGAGAAUACCAUAAUGGCCUUGGUCGCCGCCAAGUCAGGUGGAUCUACUGCUGCAGUAGCCGCUGCUGAUGCUGGGAGAAAAGCAGCAUCUGCGGCUGGAGCCCACUUUUACGCAGUGUGCGCGGAAACAGCUCAGGGCGUCGACACCCUCUUUCUUGAAACAGCUGCCAAGGCAGCAGCGCGAGUGAAAUCCAGCUGCUGCUUUCACAAUUUCUAG